GAUGUUUUUCAACGCGGUCACGUGGCCACAGAAGCCAAUAAGGCACCGAAGUGGGUCCAUCCCGGCUGAGCCUGGCCCCCGUGGGGAGGAGAUUGGCCGGUGUCCUGCCCAGGGCGGCGUGUGCGCAACCAGAGCCCCGACACCUUCCCGGCGGACACAGGUCCCAUAAAUCCCCCAGCCUGCUGUGGACGGGGCAGCGGUGCCCAGCACCCCACGGCGGUUCCUGGGCUGGCAGCCCCUGGCCGGCGGCACGGGUGAGGCUGCCCUGCCACGCCGGCCCCCCGCGCAACUGGGCGCGCAGCUGCCUCGCGGCGCUAUAAAGGGCUCCGGCUCCGGCACCUGCCUCUCGGUCUCCGCCGCGCCGCGCUCCCGCUCCGCACCCAGCGCAGGGGCUGGGGGCCGCCCUCCCGUCCCCAUCCCCGGCCCCGGCCCCGGCCGCCCCGUCUCGCUGAGCCGCGGGCUCGCCCCGCAGCAGGGCCGCUGGAGGGGAUGGACUAUUCCUAUGAUGAGGAUCUGGACGAGCUCUGUCCGGUCUGCGGGGACAAGGUCUCCGGGUACCACUACGGGCUGCUCACCUGCGAGAGCUGCAAGGGUUUCUUCAAGCGAACGGUGCAGAACAACAAGCACUACACCUGCACCGAGAGCCAGAACUGCAAGAUCGACAAGACCCAGCGCAAGCGCUGCCCCUACUGCCGCUUCCAGAAGUGCCUCACCGUGGGGAUGCGCCUGGAAGCUGUGCGUGCAGACAGGAUGCGCGGAGGGAGGAACAAGUUUGGACCCAUGUACAAGCGGGACCGUGCCUUAAAGCAGCAGAAGAAAGCUCUGAUCCGUGCCAACGGCUUCAAGCUGGAGACGGUGCCUCAGAUCAUGUCCCCGGCGCAGAACGACUACAGCCUGUCCUCCACCAUCCACAGCAUCCACGCCAUGUCCAAGACCUUGCCGCCCAACCCUGCCGCCCUGACGCCCGUCGACUACGAGCGCAGCCCCUACGGGACACCCUCCCUGGGGAUGACUGGGCCCAGCCACGCGCCGCUCGCCGGCUACCACUACUCCUCCUUCCCCAACCGCACCAUCAAGUCCGAGUACCCGGACCACUACACAAACACGCACGAGUCCAUGUCCGCCUACGUGUACCCAGAGACCUACCCCAGCAGCUCCCCCCCCGACAUCCCCGAGGUCAUCCUGAAGCUGCUGCAGCUGGAGCCCGACGAGGCCCAGGUGAAGGCGCGGAUCCUCGCCUGCCUGCAGCAAGAGCAAGGCAGAGGCCGGCACGAGAAGCUCAGCACCUUCGGCCUCAUGUGUAAGAUGGCCGACCAGACCCUCUUCGCCAUCGUAGAGUGGGCACGGAGCUGCAUCUUCUUCAAGGAGCUGGAGGUGGGCGACCAGAUGAAGCUGCUGCAGAACUGCUGGAGCGAGCUGCUGGUGUUUGACCACGUCUACCGGCAGCUGCAGCACGGCAAGGAGCACAGCGUGCUGCUCGUCACCGGCCAGGAGGUGGACAUGUCGACCAUCGCAGCCCAGGCCGGCUCCAUCCUGCACACGCUGGUGCUGCGGGCGCAGGAGCUCGUCCUGCACUUGCACUCGCUCCAGGUGGAUCGGCAGGAAUUCGUCUGCCUCAAGUUCCUCAUCCUCUUCAGCCUCGGCUCAGCACCGGGACGGCCGGUCCCCCCACGCUGCCACACGUACCCCUGCUGUCCCCCAGCUCGGCACAGCUCGGCUCGGCACGGCACAGCUCGGCUCGGCACGGCACGGCUCGGCACGGCACGGCACGGCACAGCUCGGCACGGCUCGGCACGGCACGGCACACAAGCCGGAGCAGCGUCCUCCCGGAGUGCAGCCAGCACCGGCGGCCGAUGCUGCUGUGCCAGUCGUGGCUGCGGUUCUGCUUCCCUGGAGCAGAGCCUUUCAGGGAGGGCGUGGAAUCAAAUAGCUGUAUUUUCCCAUAUAUCAUUUUGCCCCAAAUCCAACUUUUUCUCUCCAUAUUGCAGAGCUCACUUGGAGUAAUUUGCCCUUCGCAGGCUCAGCUGUAGAGGAUGGGAUUGUGUAUUAUGUGCAGGAUGUAAUUGCCUUUAACAAGAGAAUUUCCACAUUUACCACUCUGUCACAGCACAGUCAAAGCCAAGCCCCACUCACAAGAGCUGCCAUUUGAGUUCUAAAUAGAUUUCUCUCCUGAGCAGGUAAAGAGAUUUAAUUAAAAUUAGGGCUUCUCAAAAUAGCAAUAUUUAUGAGGACGGCACAGGUUAGCUUUGUUCUACAGAAGGGCUUAAUAGAGCCUUAAUGGAUUGACCUAUCAUUCGAUUUCAUGACUUACAUUCAUGAAGCAGCUACUCUUGGGGAGGGGAGGAAGAGAGGCUUUUAUAGCCCACAUUCCCUUAAGCGUUUGCAAUUUAUCAGCAGCUUCUCCCAAACAAAAGGAGCUGUGAAUAGGAAGAACACUUGAGGGCAUAGAAAUAAUCCCAGGCAUAUCUGUAUGUGUGAUGGGAGGCUUUGUCACAGGACAGUCUUUGCAACUGCUGCAGUGUCUCUAAAUGAAGUGAGUCAAUGUUAUUUGGACAACAUUCUUUAUUCCUUGCAGGAAUGAAAAGAUUAUUCAAAUAUUCAAUUAAACAGUGAAUAGGGUCUUUCAGAGAACCAGGUGAGUUCAUGGAGUAGAACUAGCUAUUGUUGAGCCAACUCAGGGGAUAGAUUUGACAUUUAUCAAUAUAACUUCUUUUUUUUUUAAUGACAUGCACAAUAACCUUAUGCAGAUAAAGAGAUUUCAUAACAACAAGCCGGGUAGAAGGGAGAUGGCCACAAUGGGAGCAAAUGUGCCGCAGGAGUGAAAAGGGAAGGGUGAUCUGAUAAAGUGCAUCUUGGCACGACCUGCGGCGCUUUGUGCCUGCCCCACACAGCACCCGGCCAGGCCGUGGGCAUGGCUGGGGGCUCUGUGUCCCCAGGGACCCCCCAGCCCCCCCGGGCUGUGCCUCCACUCCCGGGGCUCUGCCUGAGUGUGGGCUGGGGGCUCCCAGCUUUGCUGGGCUGGAGCAGCUCUGGGUGCAUGACCCCCACCCCAAGGGAGCCCUGCGGGGCCAGGUAGCCGGGGGGGGGGUGGGGCAUGGGCACCCCCACCCAGUGGCAUGAGGGUCCCGUCUGCUCCUUUCUGCUCAGGCACCUCCAUCACCAGCACUGCGCUUUGCCCUCCUGGAGCUGCUCAGCCUCUGGGUACAGCCACGUUCAGCUCCCUGCUUUUUGGGGGUGGGGGGGAUGAAAAUCAGAAAUAACCCCCCCAAACUCCCAGCUGCCUGCGCCAGAACCUGUGCCCGGAUUUCCCUGUUGCCAGGCCAGGGUGGGAUGUGUCCGGGCUGCCAGCACAGACCUGAAUUUGGCCGCGCGUCGGCGGCUGCUGGCUGCGGGCAGCAGAGCCGGCAGCGCCGUUACCGAGCCAGCGGGGCUGGGUGCCUCCGUGCCAUACAGUACAUCUAUUAAAUCCGCUUGCCCCAAACGGGCUCGGCGCCGGGGUUUGCAGCAAGCUCUCUCGCGGGCGGGCGCCGAGGGCCCAUUGCCGUGCGUAGCUGCAGCCGGCUGGCGGGGCACCGCACAGCACCACUUCCCGAGAGCCCCUGAAACCUGCACGUGGGGCUGGUUUAACAACGCGUUGCCGGCGUUAAAAAAUCAGUGCUUCCUCCACCGAGCACUCGGGGCAACCUGAGCACCAAGGCAGCAUCCUUGGAGGGCAAACCCCAGCUCAGGCUGCCCCUACAGCCUUGAGAAACCCCGACCCAGCAGCCCGGGCUGUCCCUGCAGUCACCCUCCUGCCGGGGCUACAGAGCGGUGGUCCCCAGGGACAAUCUCUGCCCCAGCUCCUGCAGUGCUGCCAUCGGGGCUGCAGUGGCCUCUCGGCUGCCAGACCCUGCCUGCAGCGUGACUGCGGGCAGCAGAGCUGGCAGCGGGGUUACGGGGAGCUGCUGCGACCCUGGCGAGGCGCAGGGGAUUAGGGUUUCCAGGCUGGUGAUCCUGGUUGCCACAUUGGAAAGACCAGGUUUACAGGGGAAUUAAUUCAGCCGCUUCCUCGACCUUCAGGAAUUAAAGAGGGCUGAUGGCAGCAGCUCCCUGUGCGUGGGUGCAGCCGGUGACAUGUUUUGGCUUUGCAGCUUCCUGGGCAGCGAGGGCAGGGGGGCACCAGCCCUCCCGGUGCCGCAGGGUUUGGGCAUCCGUCUUCGGCAUCAGGGGAGACCUGGGAGGCAGGGCAGGGAUGGGGAGCCCGUGGCUGGGCAGGGACAGGGCACAGGACCCCCUCCCCGCGCUGUGUUUUUGUGCACAGGGGACAUUGACACCAGAGUGUGGGUCCCUCCUGGCACACCCGGUGCAGCACGGCACGGGGCAGACACGAGGGUUUGGCACGGUUUCACCAUCAUCUUCUUCCC